AUGCGUGAAAUUCUCCACAUUCAGGGCGGCCAGUGCGGAAACCAGAUCGGCUCCAAAUUCUGGGAGGUCGUGUGCGCCGAGCACGGCAUCGACGCCACAGGCCGCUACCAUGGCGACUCGGAACUCCAGCUUGAGAGGGUCAACGUCUACUACAACGAGGCCAGCGGCGGCCGAUUUGUCCCCCGCGCAGUGCUCAUGGACCUCGAGCCCGGGGUUUUCAAGUGUGCCAUUCAUUGGGAGGUGGGACCGGGUCCGGGAUGGGAAUAUCCGGACAGGAUGAUGCUCACAUUCUCGGUUUUCCCAUCGCCCAAAGUUUCUGACACGGUUGUGGAGCCUUAUAAUGCAACAUUAUCUGUUCAUCAGCUUGUUGAGAAUGCAGAUGAGUGUAUGGUUCUUGAUAAUGAGGCCCUUUACGACAUUUGCUUCAGGACACUUAAGCUCACAACUCCCAGU